AUUGUCAAAGUAAGUAACUCGAUCAAAAAUCAAAUUUAUCCAAAACAAACACAGUAAGAUUAAAAAAAGAUGAGAAAAUUAGAAUUAAAAAAACCGCCGCCUUUGUGUUGGUUUGAAAUUUUUCGGAUGAUACCCUAAAAAUUGAAGAUCUUGCUCCGCCCAAAUCCAUCGUGACGACGAUUAUAUUCCUUGUCUUCCUCGUUCCGUUCUUGCUCGUUUCUCUCCAUCACUCUCUUUUUGUAAUUUCUUUUGAGGGAAUUUUAUUCACCUAUUGUUGUUGAUUGAAGUUCCUGCUCUUUGGUACGGUCUGUGAGGUGAGCAUGGCGAACACAAUUGCUCGCGGGCAGAUGAUUUUCCAGGACGAGAAUGCAUUAGCUGCCCUUGGAAAAAAGCUGGUUACUGCGGGAAAAGGUAAGGGAUCCCUAGCAGCUCCAAAGAAAUAUGGGGCGGGUUUUGGUAGCCGCAAGGCUCUCCAUGAUAUCACAAACAAGUCAAAGUUGCAACCUCAAGCUUCUUCCAAGACGAAGAAGAAUGUUGAGGGAUUCGACUUUGACAUAGCAAAGGAAGGCUUUUUGCAUGACCACAGCAAAUGCAUUGAAGCUCAACAACAAAGCCAGUGGGAUAGCUACUUCUCUGAUCACAUCAUCCUUCACGGACAUGAUACCAACAUCAAGGAAAGGAUUCCUGAAUACAGUAUUAAAGAGAUGGAUGAUGAUAAUAAUAGCCACACUUGGGACGAACUCAAAGAGUUACCAAUGGAGGAGUUUUCCGAUUUGCUGGAAUGCUCAACUCAAUGGCGCUCACCACCAGACUCGCCUGUCCAUUACCAUUCUUCGUUACCUACAUCGCCUUUGCCAUGGCAUUUGGAAACCGUAGAAUUCAAGCUCAAGGAAGAUGAAGAUGAAGACACCACCUGAGUUCCAGUUCUACUUGGUUUUGAACAAUAUCAGUAACCUUUUAGUUUCUGAUAUUAUGAUGUAUCAACAAAUAUGCUUGAAAACCAAUUACUGAGCAUUGUUUCUGAGUAAAAACAUUGUAUGUUUAUAGGAUUUACAGCAUGACACCAUAAAGAA